GAGACAUCCAACCUGGGCCAGUCAAGUUUGACUGUCCCAUGGAUGCAGUGCCGAGAGCCAGAAAGAAACGGCAAGUAAGCAGCAUCAUGCAGGUUGGCUGUGAGGAGGGGCGGCUGGGAUGUUGGAGAGGGGAAGCUACCUUGUCUUGGCUACCUGCUUCGACAGUAUGCGAGGGUGGUGUGCGUCUCGCCUCGAUCAAGUCGUGGGUUCGCGCGGUUUUCUGUGUCAAAUAGACCCGUAGACCCAGAGGUGCGUGCAUUUGGCAUUUUGCGCAUUCACCCGGCGAUAACGGACCAGGUUGUCCUCCUACAUCUCAAGCUGAGGUCUAUCGUGAUACCACAGACUGCCCGGCAGUUCAAGAUGAGAUACCUGCCCAAAGUCGCGCUUGCGACAAUAGCCUCCUCCCUAUUCCUACCACCAGCUUUCUCCCUCCCACAAGCUGGAUCAGUCCCCGACGCCGCCCCUCUCCCCUGGGUGACCAUCAACCCCCAAGGCGACGCCGUAACCAUCAUCCCCAAAGUCAUCACCACUGAAGGCCACCGCGCCACCCUCUCCAACCCGCCCGCCCACCUCAUCUCCACCGCAACCUAUACCCUAUCCCCCGACGGCCGUCUCUCAACCUACACCGGCCUCGCCCCAGUAGCAACCGCCACAACCAACCCCGACAACAACAACAACAACAACACUGACGACGACGACGACGACGAAUCCGCCGCCUUCCUCGCCUGCCAAUCCGACAAAGGCCACGACGAGCCCUUCUGCCUCCCCCGCCGCGGCUCCUCCCUCAUCGCCGGGCGCACAUAUUACAUAACCUGGUCUCCCUCCUACUUCUCCCCCCAAUCAACCCCCCUCACCCUCCACAUCUUCUUUUCCUCCUCUUCUUUGUCUCAACAAACAGGCAUCAAUCUCACCCCCAUCCCCAUCCCCGCCUCGGUCGGCUUCUACGCCUGGACCAUCCCCCUCAAUUUCCCCACCACCUCCCCCAUCUCCUUCGCCCUCCAGCACAACGACACCACCACCGAGGAAGCAAACGACAUCGUCACCGUUUCCGGCCCGACAGUCAACGUCUUUUCCUCCGAUCCCAACCCUGAACCAUCAGCCUCGGGGGUUGGCAACGGGACCAACCACCUGGCUAUUGUCCUCCCUAUUGUCAUCAUUGCCAUCUUGAUCGGGCUGGCAGGGUUUUGCUUCUUGUUCCGUCGUCGAAAGGGGAGGUGGCCUGUGAUUGGCGAGAGGGCGAGGUCAUCAGGGAGUGGGUAUACCGGACAGGGAGGGAGGAGGGUGCAAGAGGACCAGGUUGGAGGGGGGGUGGUGACGGGGGAUAACAAAUCCGAGACCAACAUUGGGGUGGAGCUCACCGAUCGGGACAGCUGGUCGCCUACCUCGCCCAACUCGCCGAGCAGAGGGAGGAAUGUGUUUAGGGAGGAGGUGGAGAGGCAGGAGAGGUUGGCUAGGGGGGGUUGAGGUGGGUAAACGCAAACACGGCACAAAAAGCCUAGCAGCAGUAAAGUAGGUCGAGAUGUGAUUAGUUUUAGUUGCAUAACAGCUCUGUAGAGCAUAGGUAUUUUGUUCAUCGUGGUGGGAUCAGCAAUUACAAAGAUGCUAAGGUAUGUCCAGGUGGCCGACCAGUCCGCUUUGACGGUUGGACCAAAUAUAUGUGGCGUGUAAAAAGCGGCCAGAGAUGGGGGAACCUGCCUCCUCCUCCAAUGCCAAAUGAUCUAGAAUGCAGAAAGCUGAAGAACCCAUUCCAUCCGUCC